UUACUGGUCCUAUAGCUUACUGUCCAAGUUUGGCAUAUAAAAUAUAAAAUUGCAAAAUGGGCGAUGCGAAUUCAGAUGACGAAAGCGGUUCAGGAUCCGGUUCCAGUCGCAGUGGCAGCCGCAGUCGCAGCGUCACGCCUCAAGGCAGCGCUCCAGGUUCGCCACGCAGUCACAAAUCGGGCAGCGGCAGCGAACGUUCGCGUUCAGGGUCUCGAUCCUCUCGUUCGCGCUCGCGUUCCGGUUCCGGUUCGCCGCAUAGCGCCCGUUCCGGCUCGGCAGGCAGUCGCCGUUCGCGCUCCCCUUCGCAGCACAGUCAACGCUCGGGACCUGCUCAGCCCCAAAGCCCCGCCUCGGCGCACAGCACUCAGUCCAGGUCACGAUCCCAUUCCCGAUCUCGGUCCCGCAGUGGCACACCCCAUAGCAAACGAUCGCAUCCGGAGUCGCGCUCCAAUUCGCCCAAUCUGCAAAUUGAUGAUCAACGUGCCAAUUCAAAGAGCAAGAGUCGCAGUCGGAGUCGCAGUGGCAGUCGCACUUCCCGUUCCCGCUCCAAGUCGGGCACACCACGCUCCAAGCCGGGCACACCACGCUCCAAAUCGGGCACUCCACGCUCUAAGUCGGGCACACCGCGCUCCGGCCGCACAUCGCACAGCAGAAGUGCUUCCGGCUCGGGUUCGGGCAGUGACAUUGGCGCUCCAAAGAAAAAACAGCCGCGCCGACAAAGCGGCUCCGAUGCAGAGAAACGGAGAAGCGACAGCGAUACAGAGACGCCAUCGAAAGCAAAGAAGUCGCGCCUGAUUGACUCAGAUAGCGACGAUGAUGAAGCGCCCAAGCAGCAAGCACCUGCCGCUUCGGACAUCUUUGGCGAUGCGGAUGACAUCAGUGACGAUGAGGAGAUGGCUGCCAAGCCAAGUCCGCAACGCUCGCAGAGUCGCAGCCGCAGCAAAUCUCGAUCACGCAGUCGAUCUGUCAGUCGGUCACGAAGUCGUUCUCGUUCGCGUUCCCGCGAGCAGCGCCAGCAGACGACAGCCAAGGAAGAUGAGCCGGAACCGUUGCCGGAGACACGCAUCGAUGUGGAAAUUCCACGCAUAUCGGCUGAUCUGGGCAAGGAGCAACAUUUCAUCAAGUUGCCAAAUUUCUUGUCGGUUGUCACGCAUCCCUUCGAUCCGGAGACCUAUGAGGAUGAAAUCGACGAGGAGGAAACCAUGGAUGAGGAGGGCCGCCAGCGCAUCAAGCUCAAAGUGAGCAACACGAUCCGCUGGCGCGAGUACAUGAACAACAAAGGCGAAAUGGUCCGGGAGUCGAAUGCUCGCUAUGUGCGCUGGUCCGACGGCAGCAUGAGCCUCCAUCUAGGCAAUGAAAUCUUCGAUGCGUAUCGCCAACCCCUUGUCGGUGAUCACAAUCAUUUAUUUAUACGGCAGGGCACGGGUCUGCAGGGCCAGUCGGUGUUCCGCACCAAGUUGACGUUCCGGCCGCAUUCGACGGAAUCGUUUACGCACAAGAAGAUCACCAUGUCACUGGCGGAUCGUUCGACCAAGACGAGCGGCAUCAAGAUACUCACCCAAGUGGGCAAGGAUCCGACAACGGAUCGCUAUUCGCAACUAAAGGAGGAGGAGGCCAAACUGCGUCUGGCCAUGCGUACCCAGCACAAGGCGCAGCCCAAGAAGAAGAAGGCCGGCACCGGCGAGCCAUUGAUCGGUGGUGGCAACUCCUAUCAGCAUGACGAUGGUAGCGACGAUGAGAAUGCCAUCAGUUUAAGCGCCAUCAAGAAUCGCUACAAGAAGGGCUCCGGCGGUGGCGGUGGCGGUGCUCAGGGUGAGCCGAAGGCCUCCACCAUUUACUCCUCCGACGAAGAUGAGGGCUCCGACUUUGAGGCGCGUCGCAGCAAAAAGGUGAACAAGGCGAAGGCCAGCAAAGCGCUCCGCGAUUCCGACAGCGAAUCCGAUGUCGGCAGUGGCAAGAGUGGCGAUGGCCCCGAUGACGAUGGCAGUGGCAGUGGAAGUGGCUCGGGCAGUGGCAGCGGCAGCGAUAAUGAAUCCCACAAAAGCGGCAGCAAAUCCGGCAGUGGCAGCGGCUCCGGCUCCGGCAGUGGUAGCGAUAAUGAUGAUUAGUCAUUGUUAUCCACACUUACUUCAACAUACACUUAAUCGAAGAAAAACUGUUCUCGGUUUCAUAUUUUAGUUUGCCCAUAAAUUGUAUAAAAAACAAAGUAGAAUACAUAUUAAAAUCAAAUAUAAUACUAAUAAAUGUAAUCUUCCACUGGUUUCUCAGUCUGCUUAGAAGCGUUG